AAAAAAUUGAAGUUUUUCUUUUUUUUUAGAGCAAAGGUCUCAGAGUCAGAAAAAUCUGAAAAUUCAAGAUAGAAAGAUUCAUGAGAUACUUUUACUGGAGUCUUUUUAUAUUGAACAUUGCCAUUUUGUUGUCAAGUCUUGUAUACAUAAAACAGAUCAAUACGGUAUCGAAUCUGGUAAGGUUUCUAGUAACGAGCAGAUUCAAUUCAAUUGCAAAGAUGUCCACAAUUCCAUUAGAUCACCCAUACAGAAGAGAAUUGGAAGUUGCUACAUUAGCAGUCAAAAGAGCUUCCGUCUUGACUAAAAAACUCAGUGAUGAAAUUGCAACUACACAAAAGUCAGGGACCCAUACCAAGGAAGAUAAAUCUCCAGUCACUGUAGGUGAUUAUGCUUCUCAAGCCAUAAUUAAUAAUGCCAUCAAACUCAAUUUCCCAUCUGAUGAGAUUGUGGGUGAAGAAGAUUCUGAUACCUUAAGACAAGAUAAUGAAGAAGGUAAGACUUUGAGUGACAAAGUUUUCAGAAUUAUAACUGAAGUUCAAGCUAAGACUGAUAGUUCAAAUUUGAAAAUUGGCAAGCUUGAAGAAUUGGACAAAAUUUACGAUAGUAUUGACUCUGGUGCUUCCAAUGGUGGUUCAAAAGGCCGUUAUUGGGCCCUUGAUCCUAUUGAUGGUACUAAAGGGUUUUUGAGAGGCGACCAGUUUGCAGUCUGUUUAGCCUUGAUCGAAGAUGGUCAAGUCGUGUUAGGUGUUAUUGGUUGUCCAAACUUACCAGCCACUAUCAACUCUAAUGAAGACAUGUCUGGAACUAAAGGUGGUCUUUUCUCUGCUGUCAAAGGUGUUGGAUCUUUUUAUUCGCCUUUGUUUGAUAAUAAUGACUUUACUCCUUUACAAAGUCAAGAACAAAUAAAGAUGAACCAGACAGUUGACCCCAGUUCUUUAAAAGUCGUUGAAGGUGUCGAAAAGGGCCAUUCUUCCCAUUCAACUCAGUCGCUUAUCAAGGAAAAGUUGGGUUUUAGUGGUGAAUCAGUCGCUAAGCAAACCAUUAAUUUAGAUUCGCAAGUCAAAUAUUGUGUUUUGGCUAAAGGUCAAGCCGAUAUUUACUUAAGAUUACCUGUAAGUGAUACUUAUCGUGAAAAAAUUUGGGACCAUGCGGCUGGUAAUAUAUUAAUUUACGAAAGUGGUGGUCAAGUUGGUGAUAUUUCUGGUAAUCCUUUGUAUUUUGGUAGUGGAAGACUUUUAGAAUCAAAAGGUGUCAUUGCUGGCAAUAAAGCUAUUUUCCCCCAAAUAAUCAGUGCCGUCAAACACGUCUUAAAUUAAAUUGAUACAUAUAUAUAUUGAAGGUAUAGAAAAUUCAAAAUUUUUAUAUACAAGAAUGCAGUAAUUACAUAGGU